AUGGAGAAAUCGUCACUCGAAACACAAAACCCGCUCCGGCAAAAUGCUCCAAGUCCCCGAUGCGCCGACACAUACAAAGAAUUCGCAACGUCACCCCGUCCAACCACCGAGAACAGUAUGAAUGAGGAUUGCACCCUGGAAGUCAAUGACCGAGACUACAGCCUGGAACUCACUCAAUAUGCCGACGACAAAUACCCAGAACACACAGACAGGCAGCCCGAGGCCGGAGCAGGAGCCACAGACGAAAACCAGGCAGAUGCGAGGCAAGAUCCGGAGAUACAGUCUGUGACAGGGACGGUAAAGCGUCAUAGGUCUCGUCGGCCAGAGUGGAUUCUCUUUGGUUCGAUUCUUGGGGCUAUUGUUCUUCUUGUUGUUAUUAUUGUUCCUUCUGUGAUUUUUGGGACUCGCCACUCUAGUCCACAGUUCACGCCACCUGCGAAUCCGUAUAUUGCAUGA